AUGGACUCUCAAGAGCCUCAAGUUUAUCUUGCGCACUUGGCAAAUGCCGCGUCUGAACAAUUCCACAAAAUCCCUGGAUCUGCCAUCUUCCUGCGCUACGUCCAGUCCAGUUACCAGAACGAUCCCGUCCGCUCCGCAGUCGAACUCUUCCUCGUCCUGUUUGCGAUCCGAUACCUCCUCGCGCCGAAAUACUCGACCAAGCCGAAUUAUGUCAAGCUGUCGGAAGAGGAAAUCGACGACCUCGUGGAUGAAUGGACGCCGGAGCCUCUGGUCGCAAAAUCGACGCCAUUUGAAGAGGCCGAACUAGAGAAGAGACCCGUGAUAGUUGGUCCGAGUGGCCCGCGGGUCAAACUCGCCAACGGCCGCACGGUAACGAAUUUAGCUUCUUACAAUUUCUACAACUUUGUCUCGAACGAAACACUCAAGGAGCGGGCCAUACAGACCCUGAGAACCUAUGGAGUCGGGCCGUGUGGACCGCCUGGAUUUUACGGGACGCAAGAUGUGCACAUGAAGAUUGAAGCCGACAUUGCCGCUUUCCUGGGCACGACUGCUUGCAUCAUCUAUGCGCAGGCGUUCUCGACGAUCUCCAGUGUCAUUCCUGCAUUCUCGAAGCGAGGUGACAUCAUUGUUGCCGACAAGGCCGUCAAUUUUGCUAUUCGUAAGGGCAUUCAGAUUUCUAGGAGUACGGUGAGAUGGUACGAGCACAAUGACAUGGAAGAUUUGCAACGAGUCCUGGCAAAGGUUACGAAAGAACAAGCAAAGAAGCCCUUGACGCGCCGCUUCAUUAUCACCGAGGGUCUGUUUGAAAAUGUUGGUGACAUGGUUGAUCUCCCGAAAAUUAUCGAGCUGAAGCUCAAAUACAAGUUCCGUCUGAUUCUGGACGAAACCUGGUCAUUCGGUAUUUUGGGCCGCAGCGGAAGAGGCAUCACGGAGCACCAGCACGUCGACGCUGCCGAAGUAGAUAUGAUUGUAGGUUCGAUGGCAGGUCCGCUGUCCGCUGCGGGCGGCUUCUGCGCCGGCUCAGACGAGGUCGUUGAGCAUCAGCGUCUGUCGGCUGCUUCGUACACCUUCUCCGCAGCACUACCUGCUAUUUCUGCAGUGACGGCCAGUGAAACGCUCAUGAUGCUUCAGACACAGCCUGAACUUUUCGCACAACUCAAGGACAACAUCAGGACCAUGUGGGCACAACUACACCCCAGAAGUGACUGGAUGUACUGUACGAGCGCCGUGGAGAAUCCUAUAAUGCUGUUGAUCUUGAAGCCUGAGGUCAUCACUGCCAGAAGGCUGAGCUUGGAGGAUCAGCAGCAGAUCCUGCAGGAUAUCGUCGACGAGUGCCUGACUCAGAAUGUCCUGAUCACCCGGGUAAAGAGUCUCCCUGCCGGUCCGUCAGGGGCAAAAACGGAUAUUUAUAUGCAGAUGCCGGCUUUAAAGGUCUGUGUCACGAUAGGCCUGACCAAGAAAGAAGUUGAAAAAGCCGGCAUCAUCAUUCGGCAUGCCAUCACCAAGAUUAUGACCCGGAAGCGAUGA